GUUUGCUUCUCUCCGGCUCAAUCCCUUUCUCCUAACUCUUAAGACUGCAGCCUGCAAGCUCACACCUGAUACAAACAUCUUUUGAAAGGUCCAGCCGCAACCAGACGCAAAGAUGUGCGACCAGACUUUUUUGGCCAUCACGUUUGGCCCGUGUGAUAACUGCAGUCAGAACAAACCUCUGAUGAAUAUUUAUCUGAAGAAUGAGCCCAUUAACUACUGCUCCCUGUGUGUGGAGCUGAUGGCCUGUCAAGGACUAGCGAAGGGUGAAACCAUCCACACGCUGAAAGCGGAGUCUGAGACUUUGAAAGGCAAACUAGAAGAGGAGAGAGCGAAACUACACGACGUCGAACUGCAUCAAGUGGCAGAGAAGAUAGAGGCUCUAGGUCAAUUUGUCAUGAAGACUAGGAGAACCUUAAAAGGACAUGGAAAUAAAGUGCUGUGCAUGGACUGGUGCCGGGACAAGAGAAGAAUCGUCAGCUCCUCUCAGGAUGGAAAAGUCAUUGUGUGGGAUGCAUAUACAACCAAUAAGGAGCAUGCGGUCACUAUGCCCUGCACCUGGGUCAUGGCUUGUGCUUAUGCUCCUUCUGGCUGUGCUGUGGCUUGUGGUGGUUUGGAUAAUAAAUGUUCCGUCUAUCCUCUUUCUUUGGAUAAAAAUGAGAACUUGGCAGCUAAAAAGAAAUCUGUGGCCAUGCACACCAACUAUCUGUCAUCCUGCAGCUUCACCAACUCUGACAUGCAGAUUCUCACAUCAAGUGGUGAUGGGACAUGUGCAUUAUGGGAUGUCGAGAGCGGGCAGCUGCUACAAAGUUUCCACGGUCACUCAGCUGAUGUUCUUUCGUUGAACCUUGCGCCCUCUGAAACAGGAAACACCUUUGUAUCAGGGGGCUGUGAUAAGAAGGCUAAUGUGUGGGACAUGCGCUCGGGACAGAAUGUUCAGUCCUUUGAAACGCAUGAGUCCGACAUCAACAGUGUGAAGUAUUACCCUAGCGGAGAUGCUUUUGCAACUGGAUCUGAUGACGCUACGUGUCGCCUGUAUGACCUGCGAGCUGACCGUGAGGUUGCCAUCUACUCCAAAGAGAGUAUCAUAUUUGGAGCCUCUAGUGUGGACUUUUCCCUCAGUGGUCGAUUGCUGUUUGCAGGAUAUAAUGACUACACCAUUAACGUAUGGGAUGUCCUGAAAGGUACAAGAGUGGCAAUUCUCUUUGGCCAUGAAAAUCGGGUCAGCACCGUCAGAGUGUCCCCUGAUGGGACCGCGUUCUGCUCAGGCUCAUGGGACAACACUUUGCGGAUCUGGGCUUGAAGAGUUCUUCUACAUCAGUGUCAGAAGAUAUUUGUACUUUGGCUUCUCAGUAUCACAGCACACAUUGGGACUUAUCUAGAGAUCCUUAUAGUUAUCUUAGCACAAUUAGAUGUCUCUUUUCCAUGGAUUCUCACCAGAUAAAUAAAUAAAUAAAUAUAUAAAUAAAUAAUAAUAUAUAUAAAUAUAUUUAAGUAUAUAUAUAAAAUGCACUAUUUGAAAAGGAUUGCCGUUCAAGAAUUUGUAUGUAAAAUAUUUUUUUAAUUAAAACAUAAAUGUUUUAAUAUAAUUAACUAUACUUUUUUAGAUAUAUUUUAGUAGGAUUACUUGUGCAUUUGGUCUA